GCUCUCUGGCCGGUGCCCUAGCCAGUAGUUAGAAUUCAAAAUGGCGUCCCUGCAGCAUGUGCAGAGAUAAUUUUCAAGUGAUCUUACGGAUAAAACAAAGCAAAAAUGGGCAUUAAGUUGAUACAAAGAGCCAAGGGAAAACUUACUUCGCAUGCUAAGCAACAAGAGAACAUUGAAAGAUCUGAAAACAGACCUAAUGAUGAUGAUCAUUUAUAUUACUGGGCUCCAAAACCUUCCACAGCAUUUAUGACCUUGUUAUCUGCCAGAUACUGCAGUGCAUUAUGGAGCAAUAUUUCUGAUUGUGAUGAAACAUACAAUUAUUGGGAACCGACUUACCAUCUUAUUUAUGGCUCUGGUUUUCAAACAUGGGAAUAUUCGCCUAAAUACGCCAUUCGCUCUUAUGCCUACUUACUCCCUCAUACCUUGCCUGGAUUUUGGCAGAAAUAUUUUCAUGAAAAGCAAGACAAAGUAGUUGCAUUUUAUCUGAUUCGCGUUAUGUUGGCUUUGAUAUGUGCCUCGGGUGAGGUAUUUUUCUAUAGAGGUGUUAAAAAGCAAUUUGGGAAUCGUGUUGCAAGAAUUUUGCUUUUCUGUUUAAUUUUUGGAAGCGGUAUGCAUAUAUCAGCUGCAGCUUUUCUUCCCAGUAGUUUUGCCAUGGUGAUGAUUAUGUUUGCUUAUGGUGGAUGGUACAUUGGGGAUUAUUCGAUUGCUAUUUUCUUCACCGCAACUGCAUCACUUGUUGGUUGGCCAUUUAGUGUUCUCUUAGGAGCUCCGAUUGCUUUUGACUUAGUAAUUGGAAGGAGGCGUCCGGUUUAUUUCAUCCAAUGGUCUCUUAUAUCACUUGUUUCUCUUAUGUGUCCGUUGGUGUACUUCGACUCAUAUUAUUAUGGGAAGACUGUUUUUACACCAUUUAAUAUAAUAUAUUACAAUAUCUUUGGAAAGGGAGGACCUGAUCUUUACGGCACGGAACCCUGGACAUUCUACUUUGUUAAUGGCUUUCUCAAUUUUAAUGUUGUGUUUCUUCUUGCUUUAAUAUCCCUUCCUUUAUAUAUGCUUCACCAAUUUCACUCUGGUAGAAGCAAAGGCAAAAGUGUGUAUAUGCCACCUCGUUCUACUUUGUCGAUGGUAGGACUAUAUCUUUGGAUAUUGGUGUUCUUUACGAGACCACAUAAAGAGGAGAGGUUUCUCUUUCCAAUUUACCCCAUAAUUUGUCUGGCUGGUGCAGUAGCUUUAUCAUCUGUUCAGACUUUUUUCGAUUUAUUUUGCCGAGUGACAAAAAUUCGACAUUUAAAUGGUUCCAAUCUCGUUGUUAUCGGAUCAUUGUCCAUCUUUGCAUUGCUAUCCGUAUCAAGAUCUAUGGCACUGUUUGUAGGGUAUCAUGCACCAUUAGAUGUGUAUCAUCAACUAAACUAUUUGAAUGAAGAAACUCAUGGUCAAGAGUUUAACAAAAAGUCAAAAAUUAACCUUUGUGUUGGCAAAGAAUGGUAUCGAUUCCCUAGUAGUUUUUUUCUUCCUGAAAGGUGGGAACUGAAAUUCAUUCGUUCUGAAUUCCGAGGACAGCUGCCUAAACCUUACAGUUUGUAUCCAAAUGCAACCAAAAUUAUUCCUAACAAAAUGAAUGACAUGAACAGAGAGGAAAAGUCAAGAUAUGUUCCUAUUGAAUCCUGUUAUUACUUGAUGGAUUUGCACACCACUCAUGUAACAACUUUAGAACCAAGCUAUGCAGAACAGAAUGAGAACUGGCAAGUCCUUAUUUCUAAACCGUUUUUAGACUCCAACAGAUCCCCAGCCUUCUAUCGUGCGUUCUAUAUACCAUUUUUAUCAAAUAAACGCAAUGUUUUUGCAAACUACGUUUUGCUAAAGUCAAAAUUUUGGAAAGAGGAAAAAGUGGAGGCUAAAGCCUCUGUUCAUGCGAAUUUUGAAUACGAUGAUCCCGAGGAAUUUGAAGGGAUAAAUGAGAAUUUCAAAGGUGAUAAUGAAUUUAACGAUUAAAGAAUUUGGUAGCGAAAUGUUUGCCAGUUUUCAAAAACCCAAAUACCACAGUUGACCAUGCUAUACAAUCUACAAUCUACAAGCAGCAACUGUAAUAUUAAUUAUCCGGAUCAUUUUGCCAGAACCUAAUUUUCCUGACGAAUUUCCCUCAUACACAUGCGCGCACAUGCACUUCUAUCUUCAGGAACAUCAGAAAGUUAUAAAUAAAAUUAUGCCACUAUAAGUGUAACUGCAUUAUUAUGUCCUGCUUUAUGUAUACAUAACACACUAAUUAUAAAAGGUACUUAAAAUUGUAUUAGGUUUUAAAAUUGUAAGAUGAAGUUAAACGGCUGGAUGUUUAUCUUUUUCGAGUUAUUCAUAUAUUCAUAUUUAAUAUAGAAAUUCUUCUUUACAUUGUUUAUAUUGCGAAAAAGAGUUGAAGCGGCAUCUUCCGUUCCUAGUGAGAACGAAAAAAAUACCAUAGCAAUUUUUCAUGUGAUCAAAAAUGUUUGAUAUAUUGUAACCAUGUGUUACCAUGACCCCGCGGAUAUAACGCGUAUGCGAUAUUCUCGUAUACUUAAGUAGCUAAUGAUAUUUUAUCAGAAAAUUGUUAAAACAUUCUUGAGUCGCAAGAGGAACUUGUCGACCUGAACAGCUUUACGAAAAACUGCAGGAAUUACAUACAUACAUAGGUCUCAAACACAGAGAUUAUAUAUAGGUCUCAAACACACCCAACAAUUAGAUUUGUAGUACUACCCACGCCGUUAAAGAUAUUAGCUUAUAAUUCUUUAAACAAAGAGAAGCUUUGCAAAACGAGUACACACUUCAAUAUCCUUUUGUGCGAUUUUUUGAACAGUCAUCAGACCAAAUGCGUUUAUAAUAUCAUAUAAUUCCAUGAACACUGGCGAUUGUGGCAACAAUUUGGUGAACAUCUGUGUUUUUGUCUUUUGUUAUUUUGAGCUAAAGUGAUGUUUCGUUUACUAAAGACAAUCGUUAUCUUCAAUAUUUUUUGCCUCAACAAUGUUUUGGCUCGUUCUGAUGGUGCACCGACAAUCAAUUACCCAGAUGUAUGUAGUGAUAUGAUGCCUAGAGAUCCACAUUCGCCAACUAUGUCCAGUGAUCCUAGUCCUUAUACUGUGAAUGUCGACAAGACCUACUACAAGCCGGGAGAAGAAAUAACCGUAACAAUAACUGGAAGCCAAAUUAUCAAUGGUCUUCUUCUCCAGGCAAGGGUCAAAGAUACUGGAGAAGUAAUCGGAAAUUUCAUUAAACUUCCCACAAAAUUAAGGAAAGCUUCGUGUCCUCAAUUACAGGAAGGUCAGACAGUUACACACAAGGAGCUUAUAAAAUCGAACACAAUCAGCGUGAAAUGGUUAUCGCCAGCAAACGUUUCUACGGUUGCCAACAUCUCGUUUCUUGCUACAGUUGUGAAAUCACUUGAGGAAUAUUGGGUGAAACUGGAAUCGGCUCAACUGUACAAUUCUAAGCCUAAGGCUAAUGCUAAGCCUUCAGUGGCGACGACCGAAACCAUCGUCACCAGAGACGUGAAAUCAACGGCUCCAGUUUUUCAUGAUAUCUCAUCAAUGGUGAUGUCAACUUCACUUUUAACAAUGACGAAGUCAGCUGUAAGAAAUGAAACAGAAAUUACAUCGACACAGAAUUACCAGAAUAUGUCGACGGUACUGCCCAUGACAACCACAUCAACUACCAAAUGUCCAUCUGUGAAAUGCGCAGGUUAUACCUGUAUUGCUAAUAUAUGCGUCACGAUAUUGAGUGCCUUUUUGGUGAUUGGUUAUAUUUUGGUAUUUGAAAUAGUUUAGAUUAUUCAAAUUGAUUACAAUUUGUGGAGAAGUGGAAUUUUUCUCAGCUUCUUGAUUUAUGUAACUGCAUAUAUAGUCAUAGGAUACACCAUAAAUAAAGGUAUAGCUACCCUUCAAGGAUUUAAUGUGACUUACCCUAAAUAGAUCUUCAUGCCUAACAAGUAUUAUCUCAAAAUCAUGCCUAACAAGUAUUAUCUCAAAAUACAUUCGUUAAUUCGUCGGGAA